ACGGGCAGGCAGCCCAGGGACAAAACGACCUUCCUACCUUACCCUUUACUACUCGAUCCUUUUCGGACUCCGAGGAGCCACGAGCUUCUGGCAGCCCACGUCGCCAUUUCCAUUAUUUGCAUAUAACUAGCGCAACCCCCCGGUCGCUUGACACCCCGUCAGCACUUCUGCUACCUAAUUCUCCGCUUGUCGUAUUUCUUCCACCCAAAACCCAAAACCAGACUUUCGCAUCUUCCCGUCUGCCUUGUUCCAAUUCCCUUGCUUCAACAAGAACAACAUCAACAACAACAACAACAGCAGCAGCAUCACGCCAUGUCUCUCAAGAGCGACAAGUUCCCUUCCUCGGCCGCCUUCGACGCCAUUAACGAUGCGCUAAACUCCAGCGACGCCGAACGGAAAGCCGCCAUCAAGCAGGGCAAGGCUGUUUUUGCCUUUACCCUGAAGAACCAGGCUGGCGAGACCGAGAGCUGGCAUAUCGAUCUCAAGGAGACCGGCAAGGUCGACAAGGGUCUUGGAAACAACCCUACUGUCACCCUCACGCUAUCCGAUGCCGACUUUGGUGCCCUUGUCGCUGGCAAGGCCAACGCACAGAGGCUAUUCAUGUCGGGCAAGCUCAAGAUCAAGGGCGAUGCCAUGAAGGCGACCAAGAUGGAGCCUAUCCUCAAGAAGGCUCAGACCAAGGCCAAGCUAUAGACAACACGUAGAGUGAUACGGGAGAGGGGGGCAGAGAAGGGAGGUGGAGGGCGCAUACAAACUGUUGGAAAUACCCCUGUACAAUGAGGUUUUUCUUUAGACGUGAAUUUUUAUCUACCUAUUUAUGUUGCAUUAAUCUGCCUAUGGUUUUGUUCGCUUCGGAAUAUUCAGUUCUGCAUGUUGUCCCUGAGAGAAAAACUACUGCCAUCGCGUCUUCGCUAUUUAAUAGAUCACCUCGAC